GGCGGAAGUAGCGGCAGCAGCAGCAACUCCGUCGACGUGUAGCGCCAAAAAUCACCGGAUGUGAGCGGCGAGACGGUGCUGUGGUCGUUGUAUCAGGUGAAUAACGAAGUUGUAACCGAAGCAGCGAUGUCUUCUGUUCAGCACCUGAGAGAGUUCAUCAGUCAGAGACUCACUGCAGCCGCCGAGGAAAUACUCGGAGUCUUUGUCCAAACCAUCGUCGAGUUGGAGGAGGAGGUCGCUCGACAGAGCAAACUGCUGGACAUCGUCUGGAAACCGGAAGUAAAGCUGCGCAGAAUAGAGCUCCCACAGCACCGUGUCUGUGAGGAGGAGGAGGUUCUCACUGACCAGGAGAGGAACUCCAGUCUGGACCAAGAGGAGCCAGAGCCGCUACAGAUUAAAGAGGAACAGGAGGAAACCUGCACCAGUCAGGAGGGAGAGCAGCUUGUACUGAAGCAGGAGACUGACGCCUUCAUGUUGACUCCUGUCUGUGAGGACGGAGACCACAGAGAACCAGACGUUGACCACCAGCUGCUCUCUCACAACUCUCCUGUAGAUGAGGGACACCUCGUCUGGAAACCUGACCUAAAGCUGCACAGAAUAGAGCUCCAACAGCAGCCUGAGGAGGAGGUUCUCACCGACCAGCAGCUCUGUGACCAGGAGAGGAACUCCAGUCUGGACCAAGAGGAGCCAGAGCCGCCACAGAAUAAAGAGGAACAGGAGGAAACCUGCACCAGUCAGGAUGGAGAGCAGUCUGUACUGCAGCAGGAGACUGAUACAUUAAAGUUGACUCCUGACUGUGAGGACGGAGACCACAGAGAACCAGAACCAGACUGUGACCACCAGCUGCUCUCUCACAACUCUACUGUAGAUGAGAGCCAAGAUCAGGAAGAAAGAGAACAUGUGGCCUCAGGAUCAACUACAAAUGCAGAGUCAAACCCACAGAAGAGUCUAUAUGAAACCAGGAGUCACCGUAACAAUGUGCACAACUCUCCCACAUCUACUAUUGACUCUAAUACUCACACAGAUGAAGAGUCUGUCAAAUGUGAUAUUUGUGGAAAUACGUUAAAGAAUAAGUCUGGAUUGUAUAAACAUAUGAAAAUCCACAAAGGUGAGAAACCACAUUUGUGUAAAACGUGUGGUAAAAGAUUUAUUAGCAUGUUCCAAUUUAAAAGGCAUGUGAGAACUCAUACAGGCGAGAAGCCAUUUACUUGCCAAACGUGUGGGAAAGGUUUUGUAUGUAGAGGAUCCUUAAAAGUCCACUUGAGAAUUCACACAGGCGAGAAGCCGUUUCCCUGCGGCAUCUGUGGGAAAAGAUUUAAAGGGAUGACAGGUUUGAAAAUCCAUACGGGCAUGCACACAGGCGAGAAGCCGCAUUCUUGCAAGACGUGUGGGAAAGGUUUUGUACGUAGAAGUGACUUGAUGAUCCACAUAAGAAUUCACACGGGAGAGAAGCCACAUUCUUGCGAAAUCUGUGGGAAAAGUUUUGCGCGAAGAAGCGUCUUGAAAGUCCAUUCCGGAACUCAUACAGGUGAGAGGCCCAACGGUGACCAGCAGCUCCUCUCUCACAACUCUCACAUGUUUGAAACGUCUGUCAAAUGUGACAAUUGUGGAAAAGUGUUAAAGAAUAACUCUGGAUUAAUUAAACAUAUGAAAAUCCACAAAGGUGAGAAACCACAUUCGUGUAAAACGUGCGGGAAAGGGUUUAUUCACAUGUCCGAAUUGAAAAGGCACAUGAGAACUCAUACAGGCGAGAAGCCAUUUACUUGCCAAACAUGCGGGAAAGGUUUUGUAAGUAGUGGUGCCUUGAAAGUCCACAUAGGAUCUCACUCGGGCGAGAAGCCGUACUCCUGCGGCAUCUGCGCGAAAAAAUUUAAGGGGAGGCUGGGUUUGAAAAUCCAUGCGGGGAUGCACACGGGGGAGAGGCCGCAUUCGUGCAAAAUAUGUGGGAAAAGUUUUGUGCUAAGUCACUCCUUGAAGGUCCACAUCCGAAUUCACACGGGCGAGAAGCCGUACUCCUGCAGCACCUGCGGGAGAAGAUUCUCUCAGUCAUCAGACGUGAAAAAGCAUGAAAGAGUUCACAAAUUAAACCUGUUAACUGAAGCAGCGAUGUCUUCUGUUCAGCACCUGAGAGAGUUCAUCAGUCAGAGACUCACUGCAGCCGCCGAGGAAAUACUCGGAGUCUUUGUCCAAACCAUCGUCGAGUUGGAGGAGGAGGUCGCUCGACAGAGCAAACUGCUGGACAUCGUCUCGACACCGGAAGUAAAGCUGCGCAGAAUAGAGCUCCCACAGCACCGUGUCUGUGAGGAGGAGGAGGUUCUCACCGACCAGGAGAGGAACUCCAGUCUGGACCAAGAGGAGCCAGAGCCGCUACAGAUUAAAGAGGAACAGGAGGAAACCUGCACCAGUCAGGAGGGAGAGCAGCUUGUACUGAAGCAGGAGACUGACGCCUUCAUGUUGACUCCUGACUGUGAGGACGGAGACCACAGAGAACCAGAACCAGACGUUGACCACCAGCUGCUCUCUCACAACUGUCCUGCAGCUGAGAGCCAAGAUCAGGAAGGAAGAGAACAUGAGGCCUCAGGAUCAACUAGAAAUGCAGAGUCAAACGCACAGAGGAGUCUAUAUGAAAACAGGAGUCACAGUAACAAUGUGCACAACUCUCCCACAUCUAAUGUUGUCUCUUAUUCCCACACGGAGGAAAAGUCUUUCAAAUGUGACUUUUGUGGGAAAGUGUUAAAAGAAUUAUCCAAAUUGAAAAGGCAUAUGAGAACUCACACAGGCGAGAAGCCAUAUACUUGUAAUAUAUGUGGGAAAAGUUUUGCGCGAAAUUGCAGCUUGAUAAUCCACAUAAGACUCCAUACAGGCGACAAGCCAUAUUCUUGCCCAAUGUGUGGGAAAGGUUUUGUAUGUAGCAGCGCCUUGAAUAUCCACAUGAGAUCUCACACGGGCGAGAAGCCGUACUCCUGCAACACCUGUGGGAGAAGAUUCUCUCAGUCGUCAGACGUGAAAAAGCAUGAAAGACUCCAUAAAGUCGUAUUUUAAUAAACACAUGGGAGAACUUUCAGACUCUUGGGUUAAUUGCCGCUGGUGAGAGUUCGUAUCAACACCUCAGGGGGUGUGAAAAGUGGAAAGUAGGAGUGGCUACUAAACUCUGUACUUUAACAGACACGUUGGUAUCGGCAUUGUUUGUACAUAUGUUUUCUUUUUACUUCUAGUUAUUCAUAGUAAAGUUUGUGGAUCUGUGAAACUUAGAGGCUCAAUUACAUAAUUUCUGAAAAUGGUUUGAUUAAAAACAUCUUAGGAAUCAUUAACAAUAUUUCUAACAAGUAUGUACGUCAGCAGAGGUAUUGGUAUCAGUGUCUACUUUUAAGGAGACCGACCAAAUCACAUUGGUUCUUUUGAGCACUUAUUAAUUACUCUUUUCACUGUAAGUUUUUUUCUUUUUACAUAGAAGAGCUAACAAUGAUAUCAUCUUUGUUUUCUUCAGUUGAGAAAGUUUUAGACUUUUUUUCAAGAGCCUAUUUGCAAAUUUUUAUUUGUCGAUUUCUUUUUCUUUCCAAAUAUCAUUUAUGUAUUUUUGUCCAUGGGCAUCUUGAAGCCCAGGCCUCGUCUCUCUCUCUCCCUCUCUCUCUCUCUCUCUCUCCAUUUCAACCCGAUUCAUUUGUCAUUUAUUCUGUCGUUUGUCAAACGUCUUCAUCCCUCUUUCAUCAUGUUUGAACGAAUGGCUUUUGGAAACAUGUUUUAGUGCAUUUUUAAGAGAGUGAGUCAUAUUCAGUGUGUUUAACUUUGAAGCAGAUAUGAGAAGCUGCUUCAAGUAUGACCCCC